UUCUUUUUUCUUCUUGUUCUUUUUUUUGAUUGUGUGAAGUUUCCUCGUGAAGGCGCAGAAAAAAAACCGCUGUUACAAAUUUCCAUUAAAUUUCGUAUUAAUUUAAUUAAAUUUUAUAAAAAAAUCAUAAAAUAUGCAGCCACAAAUCGUUGUAUUGAAAGAAGGUACUGACACCUCUCAGGGCAAACCUCAAUUGAUUUCCAACAUCAAUGCCUGCCAAUCGAUUGUCGAUGCCGUCCGCACCACACUCGGACCCCGUGGCAUGGACAAACUCAUUGUAAAUGGUCAGGGCAAAGCUACAAUUUCCAACGAUGGAGCAACAAUCAUGAAAUUAUUGGACAUUAUCCAUCCUGCAGCGAAAACUUUGGUUGACAUUGCCAAGUCACAAGAUGCUGAAGUUGGUGACGGCACCACAAGUGUUGUUUUACUCGCCGGCGAGUUUUUGAAACAAAUCAAACCCUUUGUCGAAGAGGGCGUACAUCCGCGUAUCAUCAUCAAAGCCAUGCGUAAAGCUUUGACUUUGUGCAUUGAAAAGAUCAACCAAAUGGCUGUGCGCAUCGAGAAACGAUCAAAGGAAGAACAACGUGAGUUGUUGGAGAAAUGCGCUGCAACUGCCAUGAGCUCCAAGCUCAUCCAUCAACAGAAGGACUUCUUCUCGAAGAUGGUCGUCGAUGCUGUCCUCGCAUUGGACGAAAUGCUUCCACUCAACAUGAUUGGAAUCAAGAAAGUCACAGGUGGAUCAUUAGAGGAGAGUCAAAUCAUCUCGGGUGUUGCCUUCAAGAAAACAUUCUCCUACGCUGGUUUUGAAAUGCAACCUAAAUCCUACAAAAAUUGUAAAAUUGCUCUCCUAAAUAUCGAAUUGGAAUUGAAGGCCGAACGUGACAAUGCUGAAGUUCGUGUUGACAAUGUCAAGGAAUACCAAAAAGUAGUCGAUGCCGAAUGGCAAAUUUUGUAUAAUAAAUUGCAAAAGAUUGCCGAUUCUGGAGCAAAUGUGGUUUUGUCCAAAUUGCCAAUUGGUGAUGUUGCUACUCAAUGGUUUGCCGAUCGUGAUAUGUUUUGUGCGGGUCGCGUUUCCGAAGAAGAUCUCAAGCGUACGUUGAAGGCUUGUGGUGGUGCUGUUAUGACCACAGCCAAUGAUAUUGGUCCUAAGGUUUUGGGUCUUUGUGAUACGUUCGAGGAGAAACAGAUUGGAGGGGAGAGAUUCAACAUUUUUGAGGGAUGCAUCAACGCAAAAACAUGCACUCUCAUUUUGCGCGGUGGUUCAGAACAGUUCCUUGAGGAGACAGAACGUUCUCUUCAUGAUGCCAUCAUGAUUGUUCGCAGGACAAUUAAGAAUGAUUCUGUUGUUGCUGGUGGAGGCGCCAUCGAAAUGGAAUUGUCAAAAAUGUUGCGUGAUUACUCGCGUACAAUUGCUGGCAAAGAACAAUUGCUAAUUUCAGCAAUUGCCAAAGCAUUGGAAAUUAUUCCACGUCAAUUGUGCGACAAUGCUGGAUUUGAUGCAACAAAUAUUUUGAAUAAAUUGCGCCAAAAACAUGCACAAGGCAGUUGCUGGUAUGGUGUGGACAUUAUGAAAGAACACAUUGCUGAUAAUUUCGAGGCAUGCGUCUGGGAGCCAUCCAUUAUUAAAAUUAACGCUCUAACUGCUGCCUGCGAAGCGGCCUGCAUGAUACUUUCCGUUGAUGAAACAAUCAAGAGCCCAAAGUCUGGAGAUGGCAAACCGCCAGGCCGAGGAAUGGGUAGACCCAUGUAAAGAGAAAGAUAGAACUCAACAAAAAAAAAAUCGUCAUCAUUUUCUUUAAUUUUCUUCUUCAUUAAAAACUGCAUUGUUUAAAUGUUCCAACUUUUAAUCGUCAUUUGAAGUUUCAGCAUUUGAUGCUAAGACGAAAGUGCAUUUGUUUUUUGGACAUCAUAUAGCAAUGCAUCGUGUUAAUUAUUUUAAAAUUGUAUUAAUUAAUUAAACAUUAAUUUCUAUCUUUUAUAAUUAACUUUUUUAUUACAUUAAAAUCACACAUAUACCAACACACUAUUACUUGCUUGCUGGCAUUCAGCAUUAAUUAAACACAAAAAAAUAAAAAUAAAAAAUCUUGAGGAAUUACCAUCA